AUGGUUUUUUUGAAGGUAGCCCGUCAAUUGGCUCCUGUGAGUGGAUUUUCGGCCCGUAGUGCCCGGUUUUUGGCGACAGCUGCGCCGACUUCGGCGAUACAGCUGUCUUCUCAGGGACCCUGGAAGUACUUGGACACGAUAUCUCCGAACCAGUCCCGGAAGCUGGAUGCGUCGCUUGCUUCGUAUCUUCCCGGGGUGGAAUUGGUUCCGCCAACUGGAGGACCGGCUGAAUCGCUGCCAUUGGGCCAGGUGCUGCCAGCAGGAUCACAUCUGGUAUUUUUCAAUCCAGAUACUCCCGAAAAUCAGCUAUCAAGUGAUGGUUAUGAAGACUUCCAGUCGCCAGGUCCUCGGUUCCCGAAUAGAAUGUGGUUUGGUGGGUCGGUAGAGUUCUCGAAAUCUCCUUUGAUUAUUGGUACAGAGUCGACUUGUGUGGAAUCUGUUAAAUCUGUCGACCAUUCCGUGAAACCUGGUCUGCCGGAUACUGAACGGGUAUCAGUGACUCUGGAAAGACUUCUUUAUAACAAUCGAAACCCAAAGUCGACGGAUAAUUUCUCGGUUCGCGAGGUUCGUACUCUGAUAUAUUUCACAGAAGAAGCUGGUAAAGAUCGCGACAAGAUCUUUAGUCGGUUCCUGCAACCGCCAGCCAAUCCAGCUUAUUCUCACUCUUUCACUCCAUCCCCAGUUCUGCUAUUCCGGUACUCUGCUCUCACAUUCAAUAGUCAUAGAAUCCACUAUGACCCUCGUUAUUCGAGCGAUGUCGAGCAGCUGCCGAACGUGCUUGUUCAUGGACCUCUGACUGUCACUUUGCUACUUCGCUGGCUAGAAUCGUCGGUUUUAAAAGACACCGGAAAGUCUGUCAAAUCCUUCACCUACCGAAGUCUACUUCCUCUCUUCGUCGACGACGAGCUCACUCUGUGUGCCUCACGUAUCAACCACGAAACAAACUCGCUCGAAGUCUGGAUCCAGGACUACCGAGGCUCUCUCUCUGUUAAGGGUGCUGUUACUCUUCAUUAG